CCGUGGCUUCAGUCAGGACUCUACUGCGCUCCGCCUCUCGGUCAAUCUCUACCAUGAGCUCGCCUUACUCUGUCCGCCAGAUCGGCGCGGCCAACACCCUCGAGUACCGCGCCUUCCUCGAGAAGGAUGGCAAGGUCAUCUCGCCGUUCCACGACAUCCCGCUCUUCGCCAACGAGGAGAAGACGGUCCUCAACAUGGUCGUCGAGAUCCCCCGCUGGUCCAACGCCAAGCUCGAGAUCUCCAAGGAGGAGCAGUUCAACCCGAUCCUCCAGGACACCAAGAAGGGCAAGCUCCGCUUCGUCCGCAACUGCUUCCCGCACAAGGGCUACAUCUGGAACUACGGUGCCUUCCCGCAGACGUGGGAGGACCCGUCGCACCAGCACGCCGAGACCAAGGCCAACGGCGACGACGACCCUCUCGACGUGUGCGAGAUUGGCGAGACCAUCGGCUACGUCGGCCAGGUCAAGCAGGUCAAGAUCCUUGGCGUCAUGGCCCUCCUCGACGAGGGCGAGACCGACUGGAAGGUCCUCGUCAUCGACGUCAACGACCCGCUCGCCGCCAAGCUGAACGACAUCGAGGACGUCGAGCGCCACAUGCCGGGCCUUGUCCGUGCUACCAAUGAGUGGUUCAGGAUUUACAAGAUCCCCGACGGCAAGCCCGAGAACACGUUUGCGUUCUCUGGCGAGGCCAAGAACCGCAAGUACGCGACCGAGGUCGUGCACGAGUGCCACGAGGCGUGGCGCAAGCUCAUCUCGGGCGAGGCCAACAAGGGCAAGAUCGACCUGUCGAACACGACGCAGCAGGGCACCCCGGCCUUUACCCCGUCGGCCGACUCGGUCCCCGCCGACUCGCGCCAGGCCGCCGCGCCCAUCGACGCCUCGAUCGACAAGACCUUCUUCAUCUCGGGCCACGCCGUCUGAACCCCUUUUUUCUUCAUCGAGCAGCGUGCCGCGCUGUGAGCCCAGGCCCGUCUCUAUCUCUUCUUGUCUAGUCGAGCCUGUGUCUCUUUCGAAGCGUGUGUAGCAGCGAGGAGGAGGAAAAACGAGGUUGUGCAACAAAGUCGACGCUCUAUCCGGACCGUCGCCCUCUCC